AUGCAGCUCGCCGCUCUGUGCACCGACCCCUUCGUGCUCUCCUGCACCUUCCUGUGCCUCCUGCUCCACCUAGCGCUGCGCCACUCCCUGAACCACCGCAGCUCCCGGCUCCCGCCGGGACCUCCCGGCCUCCCCAUUCUCGGCGCGAUGCCGUUCGUCGGCCCGGCCCCGCACACCGGCCUCGCGGCGCUGGCGCGCAAGUACGGCCCCGUCAUGUACCUGAGGAUGGGCACCUGCGGCGUGGCGGUUGCCUCGUCGCCGUCGGCCGCGCGGACGUUCCUCAAGGCGCUGGACGCGCGCUUCGCCAACCGGCCGGCUGUGGCCAGCGCGGCGGACAUCACCUACGGGCGCCAGAACAUGGUGUUCGCCGACUAUGGUCCCAAGUGGAAGCUGAUGCGGAAGCUGUCGAGCGUGCACCUGCUCGGGGCGCGCGCGGUCGCGGACUGGGCAGGCGUGCGCCGCGACGAGGCCGGCCGCGCCCUGCGCGGCAUGGCGGAGGCCGCGGAGGCCGGGCGGGCCGUGGUGGUGCCGGAGGUGCUGGUGUGCGCGCUGGCCAACAUCGUGGGGCAGAUCACGGUGAGCAAGCGGGUGUUCGACGCGCAGGGCGACGAGUCCAGCAGCUACAAGGAGAUGAUCGUGUCGCUGCUGACCGGCACGGGCCUGUUCAACAUCAGCGACUUCGUGCCGGCGCUGUCGUGGCUGGACCUGCAGGGGGUGCAGGCCAGGCUGCGCCGGGUGCACCGCCAGUUCGACGGGCUCAUCACCAAGCUGCUAGCGGAGCACGCGGCGACGGCCGAGGAGCGCGCCCGGGAGGGCCGGCUCGACUUCGUGGACAGGCUCCGCGCCAGCAGCAAGGACGAGGACGGCGAGACCAUCACCGAGGUCAACAUCAAGGGCCUCAUCUUCGUAAGCUCCCACACUUUAUUCCCUCUGCCAUUUCUGAUUAAUCACCGGCCGCAUGCAUCAACAUAG